AUGACUAUUAUCAAUCAAACUCAAGUUAACACCACCUUAGAUAUGCAGCGUCAGGGCAUUCUGGCAUUGGUGUUAUUUUCCACUAUGACAACAUUACCAUGCUGUGUGUUUCUUUUCAUCAAUCUGACAAUGUUAUACACUUUAAGGAGUAAAGUGGUGUUUGUAGAGACCUCUCGAUACAUUCUUCUUUUUAACCUCCUGUUUGCAGACACAACUCAGCUGGCACAGAGUCAGUCGAUGUUUUUGCUUUCCACUACCAGAGUAACAAUGUCUUAUUCUGUGUGUGUCGGUUUAACCCUCCUCAGCUUUCUCACUAUUAGUGUUUCUAUCAUCACGCUGGUUAUCAUGUGUUUAGAGAGAUACAUUGCUGUGUGCUAUCCUCUAAGACAUAGUGCUAUCAUCACCACCAGGAACACAGGAUGGGUUAUUUGUGUUAUUUGGUGUGUCAGUUUAUUUCAUGUAAUUACACAACUAAGUUUAAUAUUAAGGUUUUCAUUUCCAGACCUGCAGCUCACACAGAUGAUAGAUUUCUGUGGGAAGGAGAGUAUUUUUCUUGAUCCAGCAUCUGAUCUUUAUUACAGAACUUUUACUUAUUUUCUGUUUGUGUUAGGAGGUGUAACUGUUUUUGUCACCUAUACUGGUAUCAUAGUAGCAGCUCACUCAGCCUCCACUGACAAAGCAUCAGCAAGCAAAGCUCGAAGGACCCUGCUGCUGCAUCUGCUGCAAAUGGGCCUCACAGUGUCCUCAACAAUAUACAUCUCAUUGCUUAUAGCCAUUUCAAAGCAUGUAGGGAGACUUGAAGCCAUGCGUAUCCAGGUUUUUCUUUAUGUCUGUAUCAUUAUUUUCCCCAAAUGUCUGAGUUCAUUAAUCUAUGGCCUCAGAGACCAGACGAUCAGACCUAUUCUAAUGCUGAACCUUUGCUGUCAGUGGAGAGGGUCAGUCUCCAUGGCUGUAGUGCUGACACAUAAAAAUAUCAGAGUAUAUGUUUCUUAA